CCCGUCCAUCCGUCCCCGUGUCGAGUCCAAAGGCAAACAACACAGCUGGGCCGUUCCUUCCUGCUCUGCAAACAAAAGCGGAGGAGGGGGGAAGGAAAGGCAGACUAUAAAGACAAUGGAGCCAGGGGAGUCCUUUUAUCCUCGCCCACCCACGCGCCAGUCUUCCGCGGCGCCCUCCUCGUCGUCGCAGCUCGCUGGCUCCUCGACACCACGACGGCGGCAAAGGCGGCAGUGUCAGCUGUGUGGCUCACGCCGCUUCCACCGCGACGGAUCGACGGGCUUGAUCGUAUGCGAUGAGGGCCACGUUCUCCAGGGUUACCGCGAAGAGGUCGGCGACGAGGGCGACGAUGCAUUCAAGAGCUCGUCGCAGCGGCGGAAAAAAGAUCGGACGGGGAUAGAGGACCGCAAACAGCGGCACAAGAGAGAGAGGCAGAGGCGCGAGCGCAAGUUCUGGAAGGGCCCGCGGGGACGGUUCCUCAAGUAUCAAUGCCUGCAGCUCCUUCUCCGCCUCCAGAUCCAAGCCCUCAGGGAAGAGGUGCCAUCGCUACCGGUUCAGCUCGAGGCCGUGGCACGCGAGCUGUGGGCGUUGUGGGUGUCGCGAGUGCCCCAUCUGGAGCCAAGACCGCUCGUCGAGCAGCUGUCGCAUGCGGCUGAACAGCUGCAUAUGCAGCAGUGGAGCGUUGAAGUGGGAGGAAGCAAGAUCAAGGCCGCCGCCGCGGCCAUCAGCGCGAGUCAGAGGGAGGCAGAAGAUAGGGAAAGGCAGCUCCUUCGCGAGCAGGAGGACGAACAGCGUGAGAGGCUCGAUGAGGCAUUGCGCGAGGCUGGCGUUGGCAUGGACGAACAGGGCGGGGGCGAGUCGAGCGCUGGGGAGACCAGUCAAUGGGACUACCCUUACUCACAAGACUCGGGCUUGGAGUCGGCAUUUGAAGAUGAAGAUGGGGAGGUGAUCAUUCCUCGAUACAGGAAGAAGAGGAGCAGGGCGAAAGGUGCAGACGGCAGCUCGAAGCGUGGCGAGGAAAAGAAGGAAGACCCAGAUGGCAUGGCGACAGUGACGGCUAUUCUCUACCUUUCGCUUCUCACCCUGAGAGUCCCGCUCCUAUGGAAUGACCUGGUCAAACUUAUAGCAUCGGGAAAGAUGCCAUACAUGCACGCACUGCACCACCUGCCGCCAGAAAUGAUGAGCCACCUUCCGUAUGCGAGCGUGCAAAUGCUCGACCCAAAGAGGGUCCCUUCCGUGAUGAAGCUCCAAAGCAAGACGGCGUACGUGGCUGCCAAGCUUAACAGUGCAUUUGGGGUCGAAUUCCCAAGCGUCAAUGCGCUGCCUAUGCUUCUUGCCUGCACGCAAAGAAUGCUCUUGCCUCCGACUUUCUAUCUGGCCGCGAAGACGCUUGUCGGCUACGCAAAUAUCUCGAUGCAUGCAGUCCCUCUUGAAUGCUCGCAGAAGGUCUCAGUCCGCCGAGCAUCUUCACCGGGAACGAGUGACAGCAAUGAGAGCGGAGAGGACGAAGAUGAUAGCAUCGAUGAAGAGAUGGACCAAGAGGCAAAGAAAAAGGCGAAGGCGCAACAGCAAGGCCGCUUGAUCGUCACUGUCAACGGCAAGGGUCAAGCUCGGUGCGCAGUACUCAUGGCUGUGCUUGUCGUGGUCGCAAAAAUGCACUACGGCCUAGACGACCAGGAAAGAGUCGAAAAGGCAAGCACUCAUCCGACUGGCGCGCCAAAGCUCUCCAAUUGGCUUGAUGCGCUCGGCUCGCUCGAAGAAAGGCUACGCAAAGACACUCGCCUCGUCUUCGAUCCCCAAGGGUGAGAGUCCUCCUUUCUUCGCUCCACGUAGGCCUUUCCUCGAUGCUGAUUCUUGCCAAAAAUAAGCAUGGACCUCUUUGAGAUGGAUGAAGAGCA